AUGAGAGGGGCCAAUGAGGGCGAUGAUGGUCGGCAUGACGCCAAGCAAGACCUGAGCGCUAGUCAUGCUCCCCUUGAGAUACUCAGAAGUGUGAUCGAGGAUGCGGUCAAGGAGUGGUUGAUUGACCUGCGUGAUAUUGUCGAAAAUUCAUCCAUACUGCGGAUACCAGUGUUUGAACUGUUCAGUGGACGUUGCAGCGCUAGCAAAGCCGACCUUUGCAGCCCAGACAAGGAGAAAACAGAGAAGGACGUGUGGUUUUGGGUAUUGGAGGGACAUGACAACGGUUGUCAGAUUGGGUUCAAUGAUAGACUGACGUUGAAGUGGCUUCAGAAGCUCCUGGGGGAAGUCACAGACUUCUUAAAGCCUUCAGACCAAUCAGGCUGGCGCUUAAGUGUCGGUCUUUUCAGCUUCGAGUGGGCUGAGUUCUGUGAGGGCCUCAACACACUCCGAAGGGUCAAUUGGACAGCCCAGUGCCCGUCGCUGCACAUAGUGCGUCCCAAGGAUCACGGCGACGUUGUGGCCCUAGGACCAGACUGGCCCACAGAAUACCGAGAGCAUGCCGCGAAAAUGAGCAGAUAUCUUCAGACAACACUGUCUCUCAUUAACAAUAGUAAUGGACAACCUAUCGAUCCGCAAGGCGUGAAAUAA